UCACUUGCCAAUAAGAGAAGGGACCAGAGGUUAUGAAGGGAGGACGUGCUGACGAAUUAAAAGUCAACACGUCUGGAUUUAAGUGAAUAUUGGACUGUCAGCUCAGGACCGAAGGAAAUUCUUUGCCAACCUCAAGUGUUGUUUCUGUCAACACACCAGUACUGAAAAUAGCAACGUGAGGUUCAUCUCGGGGGAACAAAUGGAAUUGAUCAAGUCCAAUACUAUGUGAGUAGCUUAAUAAACCAUAACAAUGAGGAAGCCUUUUUCUUCCACCUCAGACCGCUUGCUGCUGUGCGUCUUCUGGACUCUUCUUUGGGGUGUCACCGGCUCCAUUCCAUCCACACCAAACACAGCGCAGACAGCAAUAGCAACACCGACAGAUGCAACAGAAGCAGAGACGACGAGCACACUGUUAACUAUCCCAAUGACAACCAUUCCAACAACGAAACCACCUCCUGGAGAUGCGAAAGACUUUGAAUUGGUGGGACAAAAUGAGACCAGUGUGACUCUGCAGUGGAAAAAAGUGGAAAACAUCCUCACAUAUACACUCGUGUUUCCUGGACGAGAAAUCAACAUCACUGCAUUGGUGGAAGCUGAACUCGUGAGACAAGUGACCUCAGGACUCACAAGUGGGACACUAUACAACUUCACUCUCUUCACUGUGUCUGAAAAUGUCAGGAGCAGCGGAGUAAACCUCAUCGCAGUGACUGUUCCUCGAAAUACAGAGGAGAUUAAAUCAGUGGGACAAAAUGAGACCAGUGUCACUCUGCAGUGGAAAAAAGUGGAACACAUCCUCACGUAUACACUUGGGUUCAGUGGAGGAGAGAUCAACGUCACUGCAUUGGUGGAAGAUGAACUCGUGACGCACACAAUCCCAGAUCUCAGCAGUGGGACUGAAUACAGUUUCAGUCUCGUCACUGUGUUUGCAAGUGUCAAAAGCAGCGGCGUUAACCACACUGCAGUCACCGUUCCAUUGGCUGUGUCUUCGGUCAGCGUGACUGAACGCACUGUGACCACAGUAACCCUGAAGUGGCAGGAUGUGGGUAAAGGCUGGAGCUACUUGCUUCAGAUCAAUGGAAUGGAUGUGACCCCAGACGUUUCCCAAAGUUUUGUCUCAUACCCAGUCACAUCUCUCGAGCCGGGGACAGAGUAUCGAUUCAGUGUGAUCACAAUGUUCUCCGGACUCAACAGCACUGCUUAUGAAGGCUUCACAGUAACAGCCAUAGACUGUACCAGUGUGACCUGGCACGUGACAAACUCGUCGAUCCAAGGGAUGGUGCAAGGCUUAUUCUCGAACGCAACCGCCACUUAUAAAGAAAUUCAUGUCAGUCCUGGCGGUAGCAAUGUGUCAUUCACUGACCUUUACCCCGGCGCAACCUACGAGGUGUCUCUGGUGUACGAGAGAAAUUCUACACGCUUUGAUCAGUGUCGUCACAGUCUUACCAUCCUUCCUCCAAGUUUAAGUGCUCGCUGUGAGUACCGGGAUGCUGGCUACUCCAUCUUCCUCGUCUGGAAUAAGCCUGACGGCGUGUGGACUGCAGUGGAGGUGAAUGUGACUGGGCAAACUCACCUUGUGCCUGAAGAUGGGAAACAGCAUGUGGAAAUAUCAGGAUUUCAUCCAGCCAGAACAUAUGCUGUGUCUUUAUCUUCUCUUUCUGGGACAGAAAGGAGUUACGAACCAUUUGUUUUUCUAUGUUCUACUGAUCCGAGGGGAGUCAUUGCAGGGUCCGUGGUCACUCUGCUGCUCUUUGGGGUCGUGGUCUGUUUGGUUGUCUUCAUUCUGUUCCACAGGCCACAUUUAAUCAGAAAAACGCCAUUCUACAGUGGAUCAAAACUAUCUAGUAAAAGGUACAGAACUAUUUCUGUAGCAGAGUUUCCAGGCCACUUCUCCCAGUUAAGUGUGGAUAGCAACAGAGGUUUUGGCCAAGAAUAUGAGAGUCUUGCUCCCGUUGGCACCAAGCAGAAACAAAAAGCAGCCGAUCUACCCGAGAACAACGUGAAGAACCGCUUCAGCAACGUCUUGCCGUACGACUGGUGUCGAGUGAAGCUAACUACGUCAAGGUCCGAAGGGAACUCUGACUACAUAAAUGCCAGUUUCAUACCAGGCCACAGAAGCAGAAGAGAGUACAUUGCCACUCAGGGUCCUCUGCCCUCCACAGUCAACGAUUUCUGGACGAUGGUUUGGGAACAAAGAGUGAAAGGCAUCGUCAUGGUAACCAACUGCAUCGAAGGAGGACGGGUGAGUCUCCAGACCAAGUGUGAACAAUACUGGCCUGAAGACAGCAAUCCUGGCCUUUACCAAGAGCUCCUGAUCACCCUCAGAUCUAAGGAACAGGAGCCCUACUGGAUAUUGAGGGAAUUUAUUGUGAAACAUAGAUACACCUCAGAGGAGCGCACAGUGAAACACUUCCAUUUCACAGCCUGGCCUGACCACGGAGUCCCUCAGGGCACCAAAGCCCUGAUCCAGUUCAGAAGAAUUAUGAGGUGGCACAUGGAGAGAGAAGGGGUCGGAGCACCGACUGUGGUCCACUGCAGUGCUGGAGUGGGCAGGACCGGCACCAUCAUCGCCCUGGACGUGCUGCUUCAGCAGCUGGACCAAAAGAGAGCGGUGAGCGUCGGCGCUUUUGUGCACAAGUUGAGACUGAGUCGACCGCACAUGGUGCAGACGGAGACCCAGUAUGUUUUCCUGCACCAGUGCAUCAUGGACUGUCUGCAGCAGGAUGAGAAGACCGAAGAUAAUUAUAAUUUAGACCUGAUAUAUGUCAACGCCACUGUGCUCCAAGAGUUUCGUUAAUGCAAGACAAAUGCCUAAACUCGACAAUAUUGUCUCAUGUGCACUUGAAGCUGCACUGAAGACGACAUACUAUAUUGUGUUAUAAACUGUAAAUAUGAAUUUCCAUGAGUUACAUAUUCACUUUAUAUGCAUAGCAGCUUUAGAUUUUCUUACCUUUAUAAUUUCAUAUUAUUAUUUUCAUUAUUAUUGUUUGAGCAAACAGAAUGUUUUU